AUGGACCAGAGCUGCAACCUGGACCUGCCACAUAUAGCUGUAGUUGGCAGCCAGAGCGCAGAGUAUGCUGAGUUCCUCCACUGUAAGGGAAAGAUGUUUUCAGACUUUCAGGAUGUUUGUCAGGAGAUCGAAGCAGAGACCAUGAGACUCACUGGAACCAAUAAGGGUGUCUCUCCUGUCCCCAUCAACCUACGAGUCUAUUCUCCUCACGUGUUGAACCUGACCCUGGUUGAUCUACCUGGCAUGACCAAGGUACCUGUAGGAGACCAGCCUACUGAUAUAGAGUACCAGGAGAGGGACAUGAUCAUGCAGUUUAUCUGUAGAGACAACUUCCUGGUCCUGGCUGUUACUCCAGCUAACAUGGACCUGGCCAACUCUGAGGCGCUCAAACUGGCCAAGGACGUCGACCCUCAGGGCCAGCGGACCAUAGGGGUGAUCACUAAGUUAGAUCUGCUGGACGAGGGAACAGAUGCCCGGCACAUGCUCGAGAACAGGCUACUGCCACUACGUGUGUGUUACAUUGGGGUGGUGAAUCGUGGUCAGAAGGACAUUAAGGCAGCUCUGGCUGGAGAGAGGAAGUUCUUCCUGUCUCACCCUGCAUACAGACACAUGGUUGACAGCAUGGGCACCCCAGAGAUCAAAUGAGAUGUUUCUUUCUGGGUGUGUGUGCAGCAACUGACCAACCACAUCCGUCUGCCAGCGUUCUGCAGUCGUCUCCAGAGCCAGCUCCAACCACUGGAUGAAGAGGCUAAGGAGUUCAAACACUACAGAGCUGACGACCCCGCACGCACCACCAAGGCCCUGCUACUUCUGAUGCAGCAGUUUGCAGCAGACUUUGAGAAGCGUAUCGAGGGCUUAGGAGACCAGGUGGACACCAUAGAACUGUCUGGAGGAGCCAAGAUCAACCGCAUCUUCCACGAACGCUUCCCCUUCGAAUUGAUCAAGAUGGAAUUUGAUGAGAGGGAGUUGCGACGGGAGAUCAGCUAUGUCAUCAAGAACAUCCACGGCAUCAGGACAGGUUUGUUUACCCCAGACCAGGCGUUUGAGGCCAUAGUGAAGAGACAGAUAGUCAAGCUGAACGAUCCCUGUAUUAAAUGUGUGGACAUGGUCAUCCAGGAGCUGAUCACCACUGUGUGCCGAUGCACCACCAAGGUACGUUCCUUUCCCAGACUGGGAGAGGAGACGGAGAGAAUUAUGACCACACACAUCUGGUACAGAGAGAGUUGAGCUAAAGACCAGGUCCUGCUGCUAAUCGAUGUACAGUCGGCCUACAUCAACACUAACCAUGAGGACCUCAUUGGCUUCGCUAAUGUUCAGACCAAUAAGAAGAGCGCUGCAGGAAACCAGGUCAUCCGUAAGGGCUGGCUUACCAUCAACAACAUCAGUAUCAUCAAGGGUGGGGCCAAGGAGUACUGGUUUGUCCUGACCGCUGAGAGCCUGUCCUGGUUCAAGGAUGAUAAGGAGAAGGAGAGGAAGUACAUGUUACUGUUGGACAACCUGAAGCUGAGAGAUGUGGAGAAGAGCUUCAUGUCCAAACAUGCCUACUCCAUCUUCAGCACCGAACAAAGGAACGUGUAUAAGGACUACGGGUUCCUGGAGCUGGCGUUUGGCUCUCAGGAGGAGGUAGACAGCUGGAAAGCUUCUCUGCUGAGAGCCGGAGUCUAUCCUGAGAAAGUGGAUAAGGAGAGUAAUGGUUCUAGUGAUAGUUUCUCUAUGGAUCCUCAGUUGGAGCGUCAAGUAGAGACCAUCCGGAACCUGGUGGACUCCUUCAUGAACAUCGUUUACAAAGCCAUUAGAGACCUCGUGCCCAAGACCAUCAUGGUAAAGGAAUACAUCAGUAUUGACCUCCUGGUGCAGCUCUACUCUCUACAGAGAAGUGUGUUGAUGGAUGAGUAUCCAGAGCAGGACCAGAGGAGAGAGGAGGCGCUGAGGACUCACGCUGCCUUGAAGGAGGCGCUGGCCAUCAUCGGAGACAUCUCUACCUCCACCUGCUCCACUCCUCUACCUCCUCCUGUUGACUCCUUCUGGCUGCAUGGAGCCCCUGCGACCAGCCGCAGAGCCCCACCCUCCACCAGAGGCCCCACCUCCAUGACGCUACUAGUCUCCUCCGAGCUGCACCUCAUCCUCAUGGACCAAUUAUCAGAUUGCCCCCCAAUGUACCCAGGUAAUCAUGACGGCGAUGUUCAGGGCAGCAGGUAG